GUUGCUAGCAUUCCAUAAACAAUUCGAAAUGUUCAUUGCUUGUCACUGAUCUUUCUGAACUUGUAGAAAGACAUCGACUUGAAGAUGCAACUGAAACAUAUGAAAACAUUACUGGCUCCCCAGGAUGGGGCAGCAAAGAUCUGUGCAAUUGCAUGGUCACUGAACAAUAACAAGAUGGCAGUGUGCACAUCCGAUCGGGUCAUCUUGCUGUAUGAUGAACAGGGGGAGAAGAGAGACAAAUUCUCCCUGAAACCUGCAGAUGCCAAGUAUGGGAAGAAAAGCUACACUGUGAAAGGCCUAGCAUUUUCCCCUGAUUCAACAAAGCUUGCAGUUGGACAAACUGAUAACAUCAUCUAUGUCUACAAGAUUGGUGACACUUGGGGAGACAAGAAGGUCAUUUGUAACAAGUUUGUUCAGCAGAGCGCAGUCACAUGUAUGACGUGGCCAGCUGAGCAGCCAAUCAUCUUUGGCCUAGCGGACGGGAAGGUUCGAGCAGCCAACAUAAGAACAAACAAAUCUUCAACAGUGUACUCCACAGAGUCUUAUGUUGUGUCACUAGCCCCAAACCCAACUGGCAAGGGAUUCCUCUCAGGACACGCUGAUGGCUCCAUUGUCAGGUUCUUCUUUGAUGAUGAAGGCUCUGGUGAUACUCAGGGCAAGAUCUGCACCCACUCUUGUCCUCCGUAUGCUCUGGCCUACUCCCAGAAUGCAGUGGUAGCCGCUGGCUGUGACAAGCGUAUCGUGGCCUAUGGUCGAGAUGGUCGCAGUUUCCAACACUUUGACUACACCCGGGAUGAUGAUGAGCAUGGAUUUACCACGGCCAUCUGCUCCCCGAGUGGACAGUCUGUUGUUGUUGGCAGUUUUGACAGACUGCGGGUGUUCAACUGGAGCCCCAGGAAGCAGAUGUGGGAUGAACCCAAGCUGAAGGAGAUCCCCAACCUGUACACCAUCACAUCCCUCUGUUGGAAGAAAGACGGAUCCAAAGUCACUGCGGGAACCUUGUGUGGAGGAGUUGAGUUGUUUGACUGCUGUCUCAAGAGAACUAUCUACAAGAACAAGUUUGAAAUAACUCAUGUAGGCCUGAGUCAGGUGAUUGUGAAGAACAUGUCAAGUGGCCAGCGUGUGGUGCUCAAGUCUUUCUAUGGCUAUGAGGUGGAUGAUGUGCGCAUCAUGGGUAAAGACCGCUACCUUGUAGCUCACACCUCGGACACAAUCCUACUGGGCGACCUGACCUCAGGCAAACUCAGUGAGAUUCCAUGGCAGUCGUCUGGUGGCAACGAGAAAUACUACUUUGAUAACGAGAGUGUGUGCAUGAUCUUCAAUGCUGGCGAGCUGUCUCUCAUCGAGUAUGGAGCCAAUGAGGUGCUAGGAUGUGUGAGGACAGAGUUCAUGAACCCUCAUCUCAUCAGUGUGAGAUUGAAUGAGAGAAAACAGCGUGGCGUCUCCGACAACAAGAAGAUGGCUUACCUGGUGGAUCUCAAGACCAUUGCUAUCAUGGACCUGCUGACUGGAGUUGGACUGGGACAGAUCAGCCAUGACUCCAAGAUUGAUUGGCUGGAGAUGAAUGAGACCUGCAGGAAACUCCUGUUCCGAGACAAGAAACUAAAGCUUCACCUGUACGACAUGGAGACGCAGAUGAAGUCUAGCAUCCUCAACUACUGCUCCUACGUCCAGUGGGUACCUGGUAGUGAUGUGAUGGUAGCUCAGAACCGUGGCAACCUGUGUGUGUGGUACAACAUCGACGCCCCGGAGAGAGUCACCAUGUUCCCACUGAAGGGUGAUAUUGUUGACCUUGAGCGGGUUGAUGGCAAGACAGAUGUGAUUGUCAGCGAAGGUGUUAACACUGUCUCGUACACAUUAGACGAAGGACUCAUUGAGUUCGGCACCGCCAUUGACGAUGGAGACCUCGCAAGAGCUGCAGCGUUCUUGGAGACCCUGGAGAUGUCAUCAGAAACGGAGGCCAUGUGGCAAUCCCUCUCCAAGAUGGCUGUGGAGGACAGGCAGCUCUACAUUGCAGAAAGAUGCUACUGUGCAUUAGGAGACAUUGCCAAGGCCCGCUUCCUGAAGGAGACGCUGAGGAUUGCAGAGGAGGCUGCCAAACACAUGGGUGGAGAUGGACUGACCCACUACAAGGUGCGAGCCCGGAUGGCCAUCAUGGAGAAGAGGUUCAAGGAGGCCGAGUCUAUCUACCUGGAGCAGAACCAUGUAGACGAGGCAAUGGAGAUGUACCAGGAGAUGCACAUGUGGGAUGAGGCCAUUGAGGUGGCUGAGGCAAAGAGUCACCCAGAGUUAGAGACGUUAAGGCGGAACUAUUACCAGUGGCUCAUGGAGACAAACCAGGAGGAAACAGCAGGGGAGGUGAAGGAGCGAGAAGGAGACUACAUGGCAGCCAUUAACCUGUAUAUGAAGGCCGGCCUCCCAGCCAAGGCAGCUCGACUUGCCACCAGCAGGGAUGAACUGAUGUCAAACUCUGACCUUAUCAGCAGGAUUGCCUCAGCACUCAUCAAGGCAGACCUCUAUGAAAGGGCUGGUGACCUGUACGAGAAGAUCAAGGAUGCCACCAGAGCCAUGGACUGCUUCAAGAAGGGGAAAGCCUAUAGGAGAGCUGUGGAGCUGGCGCGAUAUGCCUUCCCUGCCGAUGUUGUGAAGCUCGAGGAGGAAUGGGGAGAUUACUUAGUGACCCAGAAACAGCUGGACCCAGCCAUCAACCACUUCAUUGAGGCAGGAGCAACUCUGAAGGCUGUCGAUGCUGCCAUUGCAUCCAGGCAGUGGGCCAAGGCAGUACAGAUUCUGGAGAUGCAGGAUUCAUCGAUGGCCUCUCGAUAUUACAAGAAGAUAGCAGACCACUAUGCCUCUGUUGGAGAAUAUGAGUCGGCCGAGCGGUUCUAUGUGGAGGCGAGCUGUACGCGGGAGGCAGUGGACAUGUACAACCAGGCUGGCAUGUGGGAACAGGCUCAUAAGUUGGCCUCCACAUACAUGAAGACCGACGAUGUUGCCAACCUUUACGUGUCUCAGGCCCGUCAGUUGGAAGAACAGGGCAAAUUCAAAGAUGCAGAGAGGCUGUACGUGGCGGUGGAGGAACCGGACCUGGCUAUCACCAUGUACAAGAAGCAGCGUCUGUAUGGGGACAUGAUCCGUCUGGUGAAGCAGUACCACAAGGACCUCCUUCCAGACACACACCUCCAUCUGGCCAGGCAGCAGAUGGACUCGGCGAAGUCCUUCGCUCGCGAGAGUCGGGUUGGAGGUCUCCGCAGGAGUUCCUCACCCACUCCGGACGGGGCGGAGAGUCCGGGUGGGUCAUGUGAUGUGGGACGAGGCAUACAGGGUAUGUACAGAAGUGAUGCAGUGGGUCAUGUGAUGUGGGACGAGGCAUACAGGGGUAUGUACAGAAGUGAUGCAGUGGGUCAUGUGAUAUGGGAUGAGGCAUACAGGGUUGCCAAGGCCCAGGGUGGUGCAACAGCAGCUAAACAGGUGGCAUAUCUUUGGGCCAAAAGUCUGGGAGGGGAUUCAGCAGUCAAACUGCUCAACAAGUUCGGUCUCCUGGAGGCAGCCAUUGACUAUGCUACAGAAAACUGUGCAUUUGAGUUUGCUUUUGACUUGGGUCGUGUUGCUAUGAAGAACAAAGUGCCUGAUAUCCACCUGAAGUAUGCCAUGUUUCUGGAAGAUGAGGGCAAGUUCCAAGAGGCAGAGGCGGAAUUCAUCAAGGCAGCCAGACCUAAGGAAGCUGUUCUCAUGUACGUCCACAAUCAGGACUGGGACUCGGCGCAGCGUGUAGCCGAAGCGCAUGAUGCUGACUCCGUGGCUGAUGUGUUGGUCGGCCAGGCCAGAUUUGCGUUCGAGGAGAAGGAAUAUGCCAAGGCUGAGUCCUUCCUGCUGAGAGCCCAGAGGCCGGAGUUGGCUGUUAAAUACUACCGGGACUCAGACAUGUGGCAGGAUGCACUGCGAGUGUGUAAGGAGUAUGUCCCCCACAAACUGCAGCAGCUCCAGGAUGAGUAUGAUAGAGAGAUGACCAACAAGGGACCCAGUGGCAAAGGAGGUGAAGGCUUUGAGGAGGGAGGUGCGGAGUCGAUGAUUCACCAGGCUCGGGAGUGGGAAUCAUCCGGGGAGUAUGCCCGUGCUGUUGAAUGCUAUGUCAAGGUCACCAACAAAAUGACAGACGAUGUCCGCAUAUUGGAGAAGUGCUGGAUGAAGGCUGGUGACCUUGCACUCAAGUUCCUGGGUGCGGAGAAGUCCCAGAUGGUGAUUGAGAUGGUGUGUCCACGCCUGGCAGAGAUCAACAAACACUCUUCAGCCGCUGAGCUGUACCUGGCCAGUGACAUGGUGAAGGAGGCAAUCGACAUGUUCAUUGCGUGUGCAGACUGGGGCAAGGCUAAGAAGGUGGCCAAGGAGCUGGAACCAAGAUAUGAGCCGUACGUCGACGAGCGAUACAAGGAGUACUGCAAGAACCAGGGCAGGGCUGAAGAUCUGGCUAAUGUGGAUGUCAUUGGGGCCCUGGACAUGUAUGCCGAGAAGGGAGAAUGGAACAAGUGCAUUCAGACAGCAGAACAGCAGAAUCCCAAAGUUCUCCACAAGUACAUUGCUCUGUAUGCUACACACCUCAUCAAGGGAGGAACCUCGUCCGAAGCUCUGGGUCUCUAUGCCAAAUACGGAGCACCAGCUAAUGCUCAGAACUACAACAUCUACAAGCGGCUGUUCAGCGAUGUGGUCAGUCAGCGGGAUCUCAACAAACCAGAAGCCUUCAGGACGUGGGCCGACCUUCGAGACAUGCUGUUUGACCUGUGUGAGAACAUGUCCAAGUCUCCUGAUGCCAACUCUCCCAACCACGAAGAGUUUGAGACCCUGCUACUCAUCGCCCACUACUACGCUACUCGGUCAGCCUCUCUGGGCCAGAAGUCUCUGGACACCAUUGCUGCCCGUAUCUGCGUUUCCUUGCUUCGCCACACCGAUGUCAUCCCAGCGGACAAGGCUUUCUACGAGGCAGGGAUGAUGUGCAGGAACAAUGGAUGGGAGAACAUGGCCUUCGUUUUCCUGAACAGAUACUUGGAUAUUGCAGAGGCUAUCGAGGAAGGGACUCUAGACAUGUUGGACCACAGUGACUUCCAGGACACAGACAUCCCCUUCGAGAUCCCUCUCCCAGAGAAACCAUAUCUGCCUAGCGCCCAGCAUGAGGAGCUGAAGGAGUGGGUCCUCACAGUGUCCAUGAACAGGAAGGUGGAACAGAUCCUCCCCAAGGAUGAGAGAAACACAUACGAGGCCUCACUGGUUGCCACGGACACGGGCAUACGCUCCAUGCCUUGUGUGAUUACAGGGUACCCCGUCCUUCGAAAUAAGGUGGAGUUCAAGCAUCCAGGCAAGACGGCCAACAAAGAUGACUGGAACAAGUUCCUCAUGGCCACAAAGGUGUCACACAGUCCUGAGCUGCAAGAUGUCCUCAAGUUCAUCGGGAUGUGGUGUGGAGCCACCCCCAACCCAAGUUACUCCUUCCAGUAGGGGAAGACAACUCUUCUCCCUGUGGGAUUCUCAACUGUGAUAGAUGACACUGACAGUUAUAUAUCGUUGUGUACUGUGUUGUAUUACUUGUUAUCACUACAUUCCGUCCUUCUACAGUGACAGUUUAACACACUGUCUCAUUCAUUAUCAUAUUUUCAACCUUGUGUAGUUUUGAACUUUUCUUUGACAGCAGUUCACAGAUUACUAUUUAUUGAUUGUUAUACUUGAAUGGAUGUAUCCUGUUAUAGAUAGUUUUGCCUCAUUGUAAAGUGCUUUAAAUACCAUUGUAGCCAGUUUCUGCUAUGAAAAUUAUAGGUUUGUAAAACAAAGUAACAUGGAAGUAAAAUUAUGGUCACAACUUUGGGGAGUUUUUCACAAGACGUAAACAAUCUACCUUAUAUUUACAUCUGUCAUAAUAUUAUUUCAAAAUUACAGUAUUUAUGAUGAAUGUGAUUAAACUUGAAAAUGAACUUGCUCCCUCUUUAGAGCAUAAUGAAAAAUGGUGUCAUUCAAAUUGUUAUUGAAUCUCAUUAAAGAGAAAUGUGAAUAUACA